AGAGAUGCCAAUUCAUCCCCCAGAUGACAACACUGCACUUGCGCCACGUGGCCGGCAGGGGCCACAGCGGAGGUGCCGUGUCCGUCGGAGUCCGACUGGGCCGCGUCUUCUCUUCCAGUUCCGUCUCCGUGCUGUUUGUUUGUGGUGGUGGUUGUUGGCGGUGGUGGUUGGUGGUGGUGGCGGUGGGGACAGAGCAGAAAAACCCGGCGAGGUUCAGCCACCCAAGGGGGUCUUCCGGCGUCACCGCCACGACCACCAACGGCAUGAGGGCCGUGGUCCUGGCUGCGGGCUACGGCACGAGACUGGAGCGGGACGUCCGCGCAGACGUCACUGGUGUCCACUCCCACUUGCUCGGCUGCCCCAAGCCGCUACUGCCAGUGGGGGCCCUGCCCCUCGCCUCCCACUGGAUGCGGGCGCUGGGGGAGGCCAACGCACGUGGCCACCAUGUCGAGCACGUCUACGUGGUGACGAAUGAGCUCUUCCAUGCUAAGUUUAAGGCAUGGGCACAAGAUUACGGUCCUUUCGUGACCGUUGUAAAUGAUGGCACCACUCAAAAUGAGGAGCGGCUGGGGGCCAUCGCUUGCCUCCAGCUGGUUGUUGAGCAGUGUGGCCUGCAAGAAGACCACACCAUCGUCAUAGGGGGGGACACGCUUUUCUACGAAGACUUCAAUCUUUCCGCCGUGAUCGACCGCUUCUUUGGUCUGCAGGAGCACAGAGGGCCCGAAUGCAGCCUGGUGCUGUCCUACUCCUGUGCGGAUCACGAGACCACGAAGUUUGGCAUUCUGGAGGUGGACGAGACGCGGAAGGUUACAGCCUUCUUGGAGAAACCCAGCGCCAAGGAAACCAGCUCACGGAGAGCGUGUCCGUGUUUUUAUGUUUAUUCUAAACAUGCCCUGCCAUUGUUGAAAGACUUCCUGCAUGAGAGGAAGGAUGCUCCUCUGGAGGCACGUGAUGCUCCUGGAAACUUCCUGGCGUGGCUGUAUCCAAGGAAACCGGUGUACGCGUUUGAGGUGUCGGGGAGGUUUGACGUGGGCGGACUGCAGUCCUACCUGGCUUGUCACAAGCACUUUGUAGACAGGGACGUUUCUUUCGGCAGCACACAGGCAGAUGCUGCCACCUAGCCGCGAUGGGUCAGAGCACGGCACGCAGCAAGGAGUAGCACUCAACGUGUGGUGGGCUCUCUCCAGUCAUUUAAAGGGAAAACACGUAAUGAGCGUUAUCGAAAUGGAAAUACUUGAGCGUCUUUAAUUUGUACAAUAAAACACGAAUGCGACAAGCCAACUCCACUUAGUCUUUGAAAAGAAAACAGAGGAUGAAAGGCUUGCCCCUCUGCAGUGCAUUUAACCUAAUAGCUGUUAUGGAAGGUAUUUUUAAACUCAAUCAUUUGUCAGUAUGCAUUAAUGUUAAAAAGCCGUGACGGACACUAUUUUCAUGCAUUACAUAUUGCUGUUAAAAGUGUAGAUGCGUUAACUCCGCACUGUUCGAUAACCUGCAUUGCCACCAGGUAUAAAAGGGGCAGCGUUACCUCUGGGUGCAUAACGGUUGGGGUCAGACGAGGUGAAGUGGACCGUAGCCACGGUUUGGUAAGAACCAAUCAGCCAGUUCCACGUGGGAAUGUGUGAUUGGUUAUACCUGGCCACGAACGAGUAUAAAAAUGGUGACCCAACAGAGCUCGGGGAGUUCUCUCCCUACAGGAAGACCAAAGCCCGGGCUGAAGACUAGCUAGGACCCUGGACUAGCCUCCCAGCCCUUCUGAGGGCUAAGGCUCGGCGUUUCCAGCGGUCAGGUCCCACCGGGCCAGCGAUGGGUCAGAUAGCUUCCCCUAGGUCCCAGCCGGAGGACUCUAGAAUAGCGGUAGACGUGUGAGUCCCGCCAAGUCCGGAGGCUGUACCUCCUUAAGCUAGGAUAGCGGUAGACGUGCAAGUCCCGCCAAGUCCGGAGACUGUACCUCCUUAGGGUAUCGGGUGAGGGAAACCGGAUACCCCUGUUUGUCAAGGACUGUAUAAGGAAAUAAUUACAAUAAACAGUGUGCCUCCUAAGAAGUUUAUUCGUCUUUAUAAACACUACAAAAGCAUUCCUGUCAUCCAAAAAAAGAUGCUAAUUCGAUGUUUCUGCUUGAAUAGACAACCUAACGCAGGCUUGUCACAUAUGCGUGUUUGCAAAAACAAUUCAGUGGUUACACUUAAUAAUACAACCAUUACCAAUUAUAAACUAUUUUUGUCGUACCGUAAACAAGUUUAUAAACAGCACACGUUUGCAUUACACCGAAAUCUUCACUGUCACGUGGAGGAAUCAAACCACGUAGUUUAUAGGAAGUUUAUUUCCGUUAACACCAACGCGCAGUCGUCCCGAGUGAGGCCAGACGUUUUCUGAAGCCCUUAUAAAGCUAGUCCCCCCCACCCCUCCCAACUUCCAUAAUCAUCUCAGCCACUUCUUGCCCUUCAACAAAUCCAACGCGAAUUGGUCUUUAACCGACCCUCAUCUCUUAAAAUUUCCCGGGCCGAGUUUCGAACGGUUCCACUAAUUGGCACCUCCCACUCCCAACCCACCAAUGUAGUGAGCACUGGUGAUACAAUCGCACUAGCAGAUGGUUAUGGAUGAUAUUGGUCGCAAAAGCCUACGUGUUAAAACUCGGAGAUGGUUGUUGGAUGUGCCGGCCGUUGCAUCUUGACAGCUGGCCAAUGGGCUGUGACCGUACCCGUUGCAACGGCUGUCAGUUUAUUAUGUAGAGACCCUUACAAAAGAUAAGAUCAAGAUGAUAAUUUCCUGACAGGGUAUAUUAACCCGCAGUUAGAAGAAAACAUUCCAAAACCUUCCCAAUUUAAUUAACUUUAAUAACGAAGCAAAGCAGUAAAAAUUGUAUAAAACUAAUAAAAAUCUCACAUUUCACAGGUCGCGAUUAUACAUUUACAACUCGACUCAGUAGGAAAAAUAAAACUGCAAGCGGCCAACAAAUGUGUUCCCCUAUGUACAUGCUUGGAGAAGUAUUUGUAAUGUUGCCUCAAAUGAGGUCAGGUGAAUUACACUCGUCAUCAA